CUCCUCCUAAUCUCAAGAAAAGUUUGGGGUCACUGACCUGUUGGAGGCAAUCAGCCCUGACAUCUAUCCAGCAAUAGCACUUGAGGAGUUGUUGGAGAGAACCAGGCACUGCUCCUGGUCAGGCUGUAUCAGUACAGUUACUACACUCGCAUCUGCAGCUUGGAAGAGGCCUUUGGCAACUCACCACCAUCUUCUUAAGGGCAACUAGGGACGGGCUAUAAAUGCUGAACCGGCCAGUGAUACUUUAGGAAGCACAUAAACUGAUUGUUCAGAGUGCAGUAACAAUGUCCCACAACAACCCUCAGGAAUGAGAAAGUUGAGUGAUGAGGAUAAAUUGGAGAAAUUGAGACUGUUCUCCUUACAGAUGAAUAGGCUGACAGGAGAUUUGAUUGAGGUUUUCAAAAUCCUUAAAGGUUUGGACAAGUUAGAAAGGAAUAAACUCUAUUUGUUCAUGUAAGGAUCAUGAAUCAGAGGGCACAAGUUUAAUGUGUUUUGCAAAAGAAGUCAAUGAGAGGUUAAACAGAAUUGUUUCACCCAGCGAGAAGUUAGGGUGUGGAAUGUACUGCCUGGAAAUGUUGCAGAGGGAUCAAGAGGGGAAUUGGAAUGGUUAAUCAAAUAGAAACAAUGUGUAAGAACGGGGAAAAUGUAGAGAUUGACACUAAAGCAAAAUACACAGAGAGGGGGUGAAUGGCCUCUUUCUGUACUAUAACAUCUCUGUGAAUGUAGUGGGCAACCUGGUGGAUGUCUAGAGAUGACAGCAGCACAGGGCCUAGCAGACAGGGUCACUGCACUGUGAGAAAGGGAGCACUGCAGAUGCUGGAGAUCAUAGUCAAAAAGCACAGCCCGUCGGGCAGCAUCUGAGGAGCUGGAGGUCACUUCACUGCUAACCUGAGCUGGGGCUGAGUGAAGUGUGAGUGAAAAUCAGCACACUGCCUCUUACAGAAUCUCUCUCCUUGGUUCCAUUGCCAGCUCCCUAGGGAGCGGAGUUGAAGUGAUGGGGCUGCAGGUUGAUUACUGGACAACACAGCUGCCCGAUAAGAAACGGGACGGUGAGAAACGGGACAUUGGCAACAAGAACACCUUGAAGAGCAACUUCCGGUCCCUGCAAGUGACCCGCCUACCGAAUGGUGGAGAGAUGGUGCCACCAGCUACCAUGCUGAUGACGGUGGUAACCAAAGAAAAGAAUAAGAAAGUGAUGUUUUUAAGUAAGAAACCAAGAGAGAAAGAGCUGGACUCAAAGAGCCAAGUUAUAGAAGGAAUCAGUAGAUUAAUCUGCACUGCCAAACAUCAGCAGACCAUGCUCAAAGUCUCCAUCGAUGGAGUCGAGUGGAAUGAUGUCAAGUUCUUCCAGCUGGCAGCACAAUGGCCCACACACGUCAAGUACUUCCCUGUAGGAAUAUUCGGAUAUUCAAAAACUGUGUGAUGGUUGGAAUCAGACUCUGGCAAGUACUGCCUGACCUUUCCCUGUGGAAAAACUGUGACUCUGGCUCACACCCAGGUGGGUUUCUGAUUUAAAAGCCAGACAGAACAGUUGACAUUUUUUUUUAACUUAAGAGCCAAAUGACUCAGUGUGGAACACAGACUGUGAGGAGCAGGGUCAGCGAAUCCUCACAGAAGCACUUUCCAGAACAUUCUUGUCUACCUGAAUUCGUAACUUUGAAGUAAAGAAAAAAUAAAGGAAGAAAGCUCCCGGAGUAAAGCUCAGUGGGAUCCUGUCAGACAAUACUCUCAUCAACUGGCACAAACAAUUCACCCUCUAGACGCACACCAUUUAUAUCUUGUGUUCAAACAAACAUUUCUUCAUAUACGUGAGACAAGGUGGGUAGAUUUGUGUGAGAUUGUCCCCCAGUGAGAGUCAGUGUGUGUGUGUGGGACUGUCCCCCAGUGAGAGUCAGUGUGUGUGUGGGUCUGUCCCCCA